AUAUUGUGUAUUCAAUUUCUUAUGUUGUUGUUCUGUGUGCUGUGUGUGGACUGCGGAUGUAUUCACACUUUGCUGGUAAUGUGGCUCAAGGUGUGUCCCAACCACAUGCAGUGGUGGUUUGGCUGUUCAGAUCUUAAUUAUUUUGGUUGCAUUUAUGCCUGCACACGAUGUGCUUUUGGUUUGUUUACAAUGCCAUCAACCAGGAUGGCAUCGUAAUGCCCGGUGUAGACAGUGUCUGCUGCCACCUCCAUGUCAUAUCAGAAGAAUUGGAAAAAAAAAACAUGAUAGCAUCUUGUUGGUACAACUCAUGUGAAGGACCACAUCCAAAAUAUGUGUUAUUUAUGAAUUUAAAUGAGUCAUAAAUGCACUGCAGCAGAUAACUGCUCACUUGAAGUGUGCUUAUAACUGAUCACUUUGCUUUUUAUUGCCUCGGAGAUAUAGUACAGAUGCUGGAAAUGGGGGUUGGAGCCAGUGAAAGAUAGCUGAGCUUAGUUGCCACUCUCCAGCCCUCAUUCAGAGUGGGAUGAGGGCAGGGAAAGAGAUGGAGAGAGAAAUGUGACGAGAUAAAAUCAAAGUUCUCCAAUUGAAGCUACAACAGAGAAGAACCAGAGAAGAGCUGGUCAACCAGGGGAUCAUGCCACCGUUGAAAAGUUCAGCUGCCUUCCACGAACAGAGGCGGAGUUUGGAACGAGCACGGACAGAGGACUACCUCAAGAGGAAGAUCAAGAGUCGACCAGAGCGGUCGGAACUGAUCAGGAUGCACAUCCUGGAGGAGACAUCAGCAGAGCCGUCAUUGCAGGCCAAGCAGCUACAGCUUAAGAGGGCUCGCCUUGCUGACGACCUGAAUGAUAAGAUCUCCCACCGGCCUGGGCCCAUGGAGCUAAUCCACAAAAACAUCCUCCCUGUUCACUCCAGUAUUAAACAGGCCAUCAUAGAGACAGAAUUUCCGAAGGCUGCGGGUGAGAACUCAUCGUUCGAUGAGGACAGUAAUGACAGUCUGUCCCCAGAGCAGCCAGGUAGCCAGGAGUCUCCUUUGGGUCCUGGACCUCUGCACUCUCCCCCAGACACUUUGGCUGGGAGCGGCAUCCCCUCUCCUACACAGUUCCUCGUACAGGUUCCUCCUCCACCUCCUCCUCUCCCAUCAAUUUCUGAACCUUCCACGCCGCUAAAGCUGACCAAUGAGACGGCAGCACCAUCUGCACAGAGGGCCGGUGCCUCUACACAGAUCAAGUCCCAGCCUAAACCAAAUACUGACCGCUCAGUCCAGAGACCGAAGAAACCCAAGGACAGCAAGCCAAAGAUCAAGAAGUUAAAGUACCAUCAGUACAUUCCUCCAGACCAGAAGGGAGAAAAAGAGCCUCCUCCCCAGCUGGACUCAUCCUAUGCCAAGAUCCUCCAGCAGCAGCAGCUCUUCCUGCAGCUCCAGAUCCUCAGCCAGCAGCAGCAGCAUUACAACUACCACACCAUCCUGCCUGCGCCGCCCAAACCCCAGACAGAUCAGCAGCCGUGUGUGUCCAGCGUCUCCACGUCUAGUGCUGCCCCCUCCCCACCUAGAACCGUUACAGCCCCUUCAACAGUCCCCUCCAACCAGGGCAAUCAAAGCCGCCAGGCGUCUGCCCCUACAGGAGGGACCAAACCGGUCUCUCUACCUCCCAAUCUGGAUGAAAUGAAGGUGGCAGAACUGAAGUCUGAGUUGAAGCUGCGUGGCCUGCCUGUCUCCGGAACUAAAAAUGACCUGAUCGAAAGGCUGAAGACCUACCAGGAACUGAAUGGGGGAGGUGCAGGCGGGGAUGGCACUGCCUCCAUUCCAGCAGCAGGGGGUGCCACAGGGCCAGGGGCUGAAGGAGCAGGAGGAACAUCCCAAACUACUGCCAGCAACAAUAACACAUCACAAGAGCAGCAACAGUUUCAACACCAUCUGCCCUCAUCUCUGGCCAUUCAAUUAGAUGAUGCAGGUGGCCGUGCCACCGCAGCUGCAGCCCCCCCACAGCAGCUUAUGACCUUUGAUGGCAGCAGCUCCUCCCCGCCUGUCUCCCCCACUCCCUCUGAGCACUCAGCAUCCAACAUGAGCCCAGACGACACCAGCUAUAACAGUGACACUUUUGGGGAAAUGAUGACUUCGCCCCUCACCCAGCCAUCUUCAGCAGCUCAGAUCACUGCCAUCAUCAAAGAAGAGCCCCUGUGCUCCACCCCAGCACCCUGUCAAUUCUCCAUCAACACCAGUCCUCUGCAGAAACGCUGCCUGGUACCGGCAGCUGUCUUGACCACUUCUGCUACCACAGUAACCGCUGUGGACAAAGACAAAAUGCUGCAAGAGAAAGACAAACAAAUAGAGGAGCUGACCAGGAUGCUGAGGCAGAAACAGAGACUGGUGGAGGCGCUCAGGAUGCAGCUAGAGCAUGGUAAGAGAGGAGGAAGAGCACAAGAAGGAAGAGAAGGAGAGCAAGUCAAAGAUCCUGUGGUUCUUGUUAGAGUGAAGAAAGAACCUCCCGAUGUGCCCAACAGCCUUCUCUCAUCCCCUGCUAUCUCAUCUGCCCAUCCUCCAUCCACCACUCCUCCAUCAUCCCUCUCAUCUGACAUAGCCGUUACCAAGGUGACGAUAAAACAGGAAGCCAUCGAGGCAGAAGAGGCUGUGUCUGAGACAGCCAUGCUGUCACCACACUCUCAAUUCCUGCAGUCUUACUCCCAAACACAGGAGACACAAGAACAGAUUCAGCUGCAGAUGAAGCCGGAGAAAACGAGCACACAAACACAACAGCAGCAACAUCAGCAGCAGCACUUACGUCUGCAGCACGCUGCUCUGCAGUUGGCUCAGCAACAGGCCAUGCAGAAACUGUUGCUGCAACAACAGCAGAACAUUCAGAACCAGCAGCAGAGGCUUCAGAACCAGAAUCAGAUGCUUGAGAAUCAGCACAACUUGCAGAAACGUUCUCAGCAGAGAAAGAAGAAGUCACACAAACAGCAGCUCAAACAGCAGCAGCAGCAGCUGCUGUUAGAAUCACAGCAGCAGCAGUCGAAACAACAUCAGCAGCAGAUACAGCUGAAGCAACAACUUCUGCUGAAGCAACAACAGUCACUGUUACAGCAACAAGUGAAACAACAGCAGCAGCAGAACCCCAAACAGCAGCAAACAAAACAACAACAGCAACAAAUCCAGAUACAAACCAAGAUACAGCUGAAGCAGCAACAGUUGUUCAAAGAAAAACAACAGUUGCUACUGCAACAGAAACUGCAGGCACAUCAGGAGUCACAGCAGGUGUCUCAGGUGUUCCUCAACCAGCAGUCAGCUUCCACCCCCUCCUUACCACUGGACAUCCUCAAGACUGGCUCCACCCCAACCCUGGUCACUGACAGCAAUGGUAACCACUUCCUGAUUGCACUGGCCAAUCACAUCGCAGAGAACCAAGGAACUGGCACACCUGACAGCAAAGCCAGCAAUUGUAUCACAUUGCAGAGAUUACAGUCUAAUCCAGCCAAGCUCCCCGGGCAAUCCCCUCCACAGCCGGCCAAUGUCGACAACCAGUCCAAACGGAGAAUACAAAUGGGACUUUUAAAACAACAAAACAGAAAGGCACAGAAGGCGGGACUUCAGGUGUCUACUGACCAAUCCCAGCAGGGGGUCACUCAGUCUUUUUCAGCACCACCCAAUCUGCAGCCUUUCUUCCAGGAGCAGGAGACCACUCGCACUGGAAAGGACGCUUUGUCACCUUCUUAUCAAACUCCCCAGGAGGAGGUGUGUCCUGGUUUGGACCACAAUGCUUUAUUCAGUCCUCUGUCUCCAGCUUCCAUCAAAACAGCCACCUCAUCACCUGGUGACAAGGACACUGAGCAUAUGGAUGACAUCUUUGACAUUAUUUUUCAGACUGGAGAAAUCUCCAACUUCAAACCAGCACCAGAUCCCCACCUGGACCAUCUAAAUCCCAGCUCCCCUGCUCCCUCCCCUCCUCCUUCCCCACUCCAGCUGGUACUAUCACCUCCUACCCAGCCUAACAUAGACGCCCCGCAGGCUGCACCCUCAGUGCUGGGCAAACCACAGACCCCAGCCUCGACCACAGAGGCAAGACAACAGCCCAGCAACACAGAGAGCGGACGCCUGGAGGACUUCUUGGAAAGCACCACCGGGAAGCCACUGCUGGGGGUGGAGCCUGGCGGCCCGCUGACUUUGAUUGAUGACCUCCACAGCCAAAUGCUGAGCACCCCCAGCAUCCUGGACCACCCCUCUUCUCCCAUGGAUACCUACGAGCUGGGCUACACAGCGGCUGAUCCUCCUGGAGGCCUGGGUUUUGGGGAGCAGGGGCUGGACAGUAUGGACUGGUUGGACCUCAGCAUGGGCGAGGGGGCAAGUGAGGAGACACCUGCCUUGGCCCCACUGGGCCCCCAAACACCCCCCAGUGUCUUUUCCACUGACUUCCUGGACAGUUCUGACCUGCAGAUACACUGGGAUUCCUGCCUAUAGCCUAGGGCAGCCUUAAAGCGCAUCCUACAUAACACACUUUGCUUUGCACUUACAUGCACGCUCACACGUGCACAGAAAUCUCUAUUUGAGGCUGAUGUUUGAUUAUGAAGUACUCUGACUGUAUUUUCUCACUCACUGGUAUGUUGAACCUAAGGGCACUUUGAUCUUUAUUACUCAUUUAGAUAGACAUGCGAGGCAGGUCCUGUAUCCAUUCAUCUAGCAUGAGUUGUAACAUUAUUUGGGGUUUUGUGGAUUUGGAUUCAGAAGUUGACAAGGCACUAUUAACUGAGCCAUUUAGGCCUAUUUGUUGCUGUCCUUCUAGAGAAAUCAUGUUUCCUGCAUAAUCGUCACCUUUGAACAGCAGAAGGGUAUAUCAAUAAUAAGACUGCAAACCCAUUCUUAGCUGCAUUUGUAUAUAAUGAUAAUCAAUAAUUAACCUCUUGAGGUAAAGAAUAUAGCAAACCUAAUAACCAAAAGUGAAAGACAGUUAUAUCUUCACAUCAGUUUUAGCAGCAUAGUUGGUUAUAGUGUAGAGACAGUUUGUGGAAAGUCUGAUUGACAGUUUGAACACACAAAUUAACUUUCAUAAAAGUAACAGCUUGCCACUUAAUCUAAUGGAUCUCACUGCUUCUCUUUAUAGAUUUUUGUCACAUUGGUGACAGUGUUUUUUUUUUGUUUUUGUUUUUGUUUUUGCUUCUUAGCUGUCCUUGUUUUGGACUUUAAGUUUUAUUCUUGUGCAGGUUACAGCACUAAAACUUACUUGUGAUACUUUGCAAUGAUAAAACUGAAAUGAUAUGCCCUAAUCACUGCUGUUGAAGGAAUUUAGCCUUAAUUAUAUGCUGUAUAUAUAAUUUUAGCCUUAAGAAUAUGUGUAAUCUUACUCAUUAUUUUAUAUUCUCUUCAUUAACGGUGGUGUUUUGUGUGGUAGUUUAUUACUAAUCAAAUACAGCGGCAUCACAAGCAUAUUUUACAUGAAUUUCUAGAAUCAAGCAAUUAGCUCCAUUGUGCCAGAGAAGCUCAAUCACAGGCAGAAAACUUACUGAAGGAUUUGGACUGAUACUUGGGCUGUGUAUUCUGAUGCAUAUUAGUGCGUGAAAAAAUUACACAGCUGGCAAAAUCAGUGUUACUCCUCGAAGGUUGGGUGAGGAUUCUCCCUCGGCGGCUUCGGUGUUGCAGUCCAGUGAAAACAGCUCAGGCUGAGUAGUGGAGGGCUGCAGAAGGAGCCUGAGUUAAAAUUAGACAAGACCCUGCAGUGACUGAGCAUCAACUUUUUAAGUAUUUCAGUCUUUUAAACUCCAGAGCUAACUGCUCUUUUGUUUAGUUCCCUAAUUUAAAAUGGCACACAAAGCUACACAGUGUCACAGUCAACAUUGUGAGUGAAAGAGCACUUGGGGGACGAAGUGGUUUCGAGAUGUUUUGCUGUGGUCAUUUUCCGCGCUUAGUUACUGAAGAUUUACAGAGCUUCCAGGCGCAAUCAUGUGGAGAAAGUUGAAUGAAAAUUAUUUUACUUUUUGCAUAAUUUAUGCAUGUUCAUAUGCAUAACGAAAUGUGUAAUGUUUGGACAUAUUUCAACAUGUCGUGGAACUCAUGGUCUUAAUUUAUGAUGCAGUAUUGCUACAUUACAUGGAUGUACAUUAUGCAAGUCAUGAUAUGAUUUUGUAGCGUAUUUAUAUUUCAUGAGGGAAUAUCUUCCUUUUUUGAACAGUUAUUACAUCUUGGGAAUGUGAACAGAACAGCAGUAUCCAGUCAUUACGUUACUAUAGUUUUAAGGCCUGAACAGACGAUGGCUGCAUUGCAAAUGUGCCAUUCGCUUUGAAUUGGAGCGGGGCGGCGAGCAGAAUUUUGCCAGUGAUGCAUUUCAACAUUCGGCAUUCGUGGGUUGCUGUCCAAUCAGUGGAGGUGAUCUAUGGCGACAUCUGCUAAACGAUUACGGUUUUCACGUUGCACCUCUUGAGAAGCGGAGAAAAUUGUGUACCCACACAACUGGCCACUGUGCGAAACCUUGCUGCUUACCGUCCGUUCAGGGCUUCAGGCGUACUCCAAGCUCACUUUCACAGCGCUUUAUGUUUCUGCAUCAAAGCAACAGGUUUAUUUAAGCCAUUUGGAAAAUCAUUUGGUAUUGAAAACUGCGGUUUGUUUUGAAACUUAUUCCCUCUGUCACACACAUCCACACACACCAUGCACACAGAAGAGGGAAACUGCUUCACAGACGCUUGUCAGUGUAUUGGGAUAAAACGUCCUGUUCAUAAGGAUUAUAUUUGUGUUAUUGUGAUUUUACUGUGCUGUACUGUAUCAGUACCUUUGCCAAUGGGGAAAAGAAACUUAAUUUAAAUCCUUUCCCCCUGUGAGAUUUUGCAGUGCUGUAAUAUAUCAGUAUAGACACUGAAAAUGUAUGUGAUUAUGUACUUUUGAUUUUACUGCUACUUUUUUUUUCCAUUUCAGGCAAUGGAACACUCUGGUAGCACAAGUUUCUGUGAACUGUGACAAAUUGUAUUUCCGACAAAAUGUCUGUAAUCUGAAUCCAAAACCCCUUUUUAGGAACCCUAGAGACUUAUAUGUUGCUGCAAACACACACCCAUUAAUUUUUGCACCACUCACUUGCUUGAAUUUUCAUUGUCUUGAUUUUCUGCUCGUCACCACAUACUGCAUCAUGCUGCUGUAAGUUUUUUUCAUUAUGAUUGUUGUGAUGACUUCGGAGAGAUUUGCACUUAUUUGCCUGGACUUCUAAUAUCCUCCAGAGGGCUAUGUGAUCGUAUCCAACUUCAAAACAGCGUUAAAAACAACUUUGCUGCAUAUUUUCAACGGAUCAGGAUACAAAAAUGAAUUGUCCGUUUACAGUGUGUCUGCUCAGUUUUAACCCGUUACCCUGCAGCUUCCUGCUACGUGCCUAUUUGCAUCCCAUUCACCGAAGGCGAUUGAUGACAGGGAUGCAAAAUGGCACGACAGAAAGCAACCCAAAAAAUUUCCAAUAUCCUUUUCUGUGGCAGACUAUACCGUAUAUCAUACACUGUGGUAUUUAAAGACAUUGGGUGAACUUUUGGCUUUAUUAUUUAUCCUGUACAAUUGCCUUGAUUUUCUGACUUUAUACUUACAGUGGUCCGGCUGGUUAAAAGGAACACACUGACCCUUUGGAAAAUAAGCCCUUUGAUAAACGUGCUGUCCAUGUCAAGUGAGCAAGUUAGCUUUGUAUCAUCUCGAAAAGCAUCUCAAAUACCAAAUACACCAAUUGAAAUUGCAAUAUUUUUUUUUUUUCUUGCAGGAUACUUAGUCAAUCAAAGGUCUUAUUUUCCAUGAGGAUUUUUUUUUUUUGUUUUGUUUUGUUUUGUUUUUAUGGUACACAUUAUGGAUUACGGGGAUGUACAGUGACCACUCAGCCAUUACCUAAAAAGUUUAGGAUAAAAAAAAAAAAAAAUGCUCAUGAAAUGACUUCAAAUGGUAGAGAAAAGUUGAGGUGUGCUUGAUUCUCCUACCUCACAUGUGGGUCCUUCUUGCACUUUCGAGGCUUUUCAAGUGCCUGGCAUGAUGAAUGAAACACACCUCAAGUCAAACUUUAAAACGCUUUCAGACGGUUAUAUAUUUUCCUAAGUCUUGUUUUUUUUUUUUUUUUUUUCCUGCUGUAUCAUUGGUUACUGAGCCACUUUAUGUGAAAACUUGUUUGAGCUCUAUGCGCAAUUUUAAUGUAAAGUGUUUGGUUUUUUCCCGAAAAAACAAAGGGGAUUUAUUAAAAAAAA